AUGGGUGACCGGAAGAUGGCUAACGCCGUGAACAGACCUACCGUGGAGGCCGCCAGCAAGGGCAUCUCACUUCCGUCGAUUCGAGAGGCGUUGGGCGGGUCCCCGAAGGCGCAGCACGAGCAAGAGCGAGGAGCUGAAGCUGAAGCUACUCGCCUUGAGCUGUCCUCGACUCUGCCUGACGAGCCUCCGCGGGCAACGGAGAUACCCAGCGCGUCUGCAAAGUAUCCCGAAGCCCGUUGGAGUCCGCUCUGCAGCAUCGGUCGAUAUGGCUUGUCGGACGCCUCGCCCAUGCAGGAGGUGAGGGAGCCCAUGAAGCGUCCUCAAUCCACUGUCGAUGGCAUGCCAGACGAGAACCAACGCCACUUCGACCAGGACAACCCGUUCAAGCGUUCUCGCACGUCGUUUGCGGGCUUUCUCAGCGAACAGGCCCCGAUACCGCAGCUGCCAUCCCGAUCGAUCCUAUUCGGCGGACCGCCCCCGCAAGGUACUGCUUUCUCAGGGCCCAGCAGCGCGUUCUUUCCAAACCUGAGGCCAAACGACGAGCAACGAACCUUACCUGCUCGAUUGGACGACAAGUAUGGUGGAUCUGGAAGCAGUUCGGCUACCAAUGCUGACCCAGUGCCCACCGACAGUAAUGCUUUGCAGGAAUACUCUGUCAAGAUCAAGUCUGAAGAGGAGGACGAGGACGAGGACGAACUCAGCACCUCGACGUCCCAGACGAGCACGUCCCGCCCCAACAUCAUCGAUGUCUUCAGCAAGAAAGAGAGACCCCUGUGGACGGACGUGCAACGGGCGGAGAUGAACAAGCUGCAGCAACGCGUCGACAAUCUAGCUCGUGGUGUCUUUGGAGAGGAGAUUGAUGUUAUCGAAACGGUGUCCUCUUUUCUCGCUCUAGACGGGAAGCAGAAGAUAGCAUUGCAAGCAUUCCAGGCCCGCGUCGAUAAGCUUCAAUUCCCAAAGAUGACUAAGAACGUAAGGAAGGAGUACCGCAAGGCGAAAGACGAAGCCCGUACUACCAACUUCGGUGCAUCCGGCCAAGCAUCUUUUGGUGCAGUUCACCCCUCGCGACUAGCACUUAUGAAUGGCCAGAAGCCGGGAAGCAUGUACCACUUCGGCGCGCCCUCCACGGCUGUCGGUCAAGCUCCGGUCCCGACUGGUCCUGCUUCGAAUUCGCUCAGCCCGUUCGCUGGAAGAUCUGGGGGAAUGCGCCGCUCCCAGCGUCUGCAGAAUCAAGCCAAGCAAGGCAACACCGGACCACAGGCCGCCGCUGGGCUGUAUGGCGCUACGAGACUAAAUCGAACCGCCGAACCGCAAGGCAUUGCACCACAAAGCACUGCCUCACCGCAAGGCGGCGCUCAUGCUGGUCCGAGCCCUGGUCUUCGAGUUCUGACCCUGCCGCGAAUGGACUUCCAAGGCCACCCCGACCCGCGAUCCCUUGCGCUGAUUGUGCUCAUGGAGUGCAAUAGCCUGCUCGCCUCGUGCAGCAAUAUCCGCGUCGCGUGGCCGGCUCAGGACAUGUGACGGCUCCCUAUGGGCUUCUUCGACAACGUGCGUUUGGGGGAGUGAAGGACGGCGGGCUGAGCUCCCUAUGGAAAGAGCAUGGUGAGAUUUCUUCAGGAGUUCGGGACUGUGCCCAAUCUCAACGCAGUUAGCAGGGUUCAAAAUCAUAUCAGGAUUCAUGUGAUAUGGGUUUGGUGGACUGAGGGAGUUCACGCCUGGCUUUCUUCUCCGGAACAAAGCAUGGCAGGAUCUGGGGCUCAUGCGAAUAUGCGUAGCUUAUUGCACUCAGAUACAG